AAAAACGCUGUCAUGACGCGCGAUAUCUCUAACAGAAAUGACCAUUUCACAGUCGCUCGCUCGAAAUACAAAAUCCCCGAUUUCCGGGAGAUUGUAUAGCAUUUGCGGGCGUCAAGGAACCGCUAUUGAAAGGCAGGAGACUCUCGGACCUUCCGGGAGACUUGGGAUGUCUGCAUAUGUCAUGUUCUGCCAGGUUGCUUUGAGUUGAGUUAUGUUGUCGCAGACAUCCCAACCUGCAGAGACCCCCCCCCCCCCCCCCCGGGACGCAAUCAGGACGCGCGUUAUGCACUUGUUUCGACCAUAAAUGGCCAUUGCACAGUCUCUUGAAAUGCGGGAGACUCCCGGAACUCCAGAGAGACUUGGGAUGUCGUUAGAAUUUCAGUGCCCAGUCUGUACAUCUGACAAUAAAAUACUUGAACUUGAACUGACGUUCUUCGCAACAGGUGUUUUCUCUCGUGGCAGUACCUUUUAACACCGGUAGGUGUCACAAAACAUCGUAAUUUCUCAGCAACGAUAGUUCCCUUUGAGUUGUAGUCUGGUCAUCAAUAUCGCAUCUGAAAAAGAUACACCAAACUAUUCAGGCAGGCUGGGUCAUUAAGUCGGAUAUAAUUUCGAGCAAUUAAGAUAAAUAGGUAACAAACUAUCCUGCCAGAUCCGUGGUUUGGGGCAAAUAUUUCGACUGUCCUCGUUAAUAAGGGAGGAGCCAAACUGUAGAGAUCCACACGCUCAGACAGUCUGCGUCUUGCAGGCUUGUUUUGCGUUGUCGGUUACCCUACGCCAAACUGUCUUUUCCUGGUGCCUGUGGCAACGGGCGCCACACAAUGAGUUGGAUUUACAUAUUUGCAGAUUAAGCGGGAUAGCGAGCAUUUUGACUUUAAACAACUUUUGAAAAAGUAGUUUUGUUUUCUCCAAAGAGGACCUUGUCCAUCCCGGUCCAUUCAAUCCCAUGCCGACAGGCACCUGACUGCGUGGCCAGCUCGCUCUCUACAAAGCGGUCCAAGAAUCACCCUCUCCAUCUGACAGGCACCCUCGUCGGUGAACGGGUGUGGCCUUCCAGUUUGCCUGAGGCAGAGACUUCUCCACAGCUCACACACAUUCACGCACACGUGCGCACUCUCACACACACACAUUCACUCACGCACACACGAGACUGGACUGAAGGGGAGUCAGGAGAGCGACCUGGCCCUGAAGGAACCGGAAGGUUCUGUUUGUCUUGAGUGUCAGCGAUGCCUGCCACCUUCUGAAGCGCGCAGGAGCGCGUGUGGUGGAGCAGGGGCCCGGCUGGCGAGGGGCUGCGGGGGUUGGGAGCCAUGGGGAAGGAGCAGGAGCUCCUGGGGGCGGUGAAGAACGGAGACCUCUUGCUGACGCACAGACUGCUGGGCAGAGGGAAGAGCAGCAAAACCAAGUUGCUGGGUUCCACCAAGAGACUGAAUGUCAACUACCAAGACCCUGAUGGGUUGUCAUCCCUCCAUCAUGCAGCUCUGACAGGGACUGUAGAGCUGCUGUCUGUGCUGCUGGAGGCCCAGGCCACUGUGGACAUCAAGGACAGCAACGGCAUGCGUCCCCUGCACUACGCCGCCUGGCAGGGGAGGCCGGACUCUGUCCUGCUGCUGCUGAGAGCUGGAGCUGCCGUCAACACGACCGCUCACGACGGCCAGGUCCCUCUGCACCUGUCUGCUCAGUACGGCCACUACGAGGGUGGUGAGGACACACACGCACACUCUGAGAUGCUGUUGCAGCACCAGUCUAACCCCUGUCUGCUCAACAAGGCCAAGAAGACCCCUCUAGACCUCGCCUGUGAGUUCGGACGGCUCAAGGUGGCUCAGCUGUUGCUGAGCAGUAACAUGGUGUCAGCUCUGUUGGAGGGGGAGGGGCAUGAAGAGUUAGACUCCGCCCCCAACACACCGCUUCACCUGGCCGCCAAGAACGGACACAAAGACAUCAUCAGGUUGCUGCUGAAGGCCGGUAUUGACAUCAACAGAGCCACCAAGUCGGGCACGUCUCUGCACGAGGCCGCCCUCUAUGGCAAGACGGAGGUAGUGCGCCUGCUGCUGGACGGGGGCAUUAAUGUGAAUGUGCGUAACACGUACAACCAGACCGCCCUGGACAUGGUGAACCAGUUCACCACCUCCACCGCCAGCAGGGACAUCAAGAUGCUGCUACGAGAAGCAUCAGGGUCUGUCAUGGUGAGAGCAGUGAAGGACUACUGGAACCUUCAUGACCCCACGGCCCUCAACCUGCGAGCUGGAGACCUCAUCAUGGUUCUGGAGCAGCAAACGGCUGGGAAGUGGAAAGGUCAUAUCCAUGACAACCAGAGAGGGAUGGAUCGGGUCGGCUACUUCCCUCCUUCUGUGGUGGAGGUGAUCAGCAAGAGAGCAGGGGGCACUCUUUCCCGCCAAGUCUCGUUGCCAAGUCAACGGCAGCACUUCCUGUCCAGAGUUCCUCCCUCAAGCAUUUGCCCUGCCCCCCAGACUGACGACUCUUACACCCUCUACUAUGAACACACAGGUGUUCCUCCUGGCAGUGCCCUCCUCCCAGCUAGCCACGCUAGCUCAGCUAGCUGCACUCAGGACAUAUGGGUCCUGAGGACCUCCCCCACUGGAGACAGGAGCAGUGUGGGCAGUACAGGAAGCGUGUCCAGCAGCCGCAGCGCGGGCAGCGGUCAGAGCUCAGAGAGCGGGCAGCCCACCCCCCCCCGCCAGACCCCCGGGCCCCACGACACCGGCAAGCUGGCGCCCUCUAGUGGUGGGCUGGGAGAACUGCUGACGCCUGCCAGUCAAGACCACGGCACACACGGUGGACCCACAGGGCUGCAUAACUCUUCUGAAAUGGAGGGAGAGGAGGGAGGAAGAGAGAGAGGGAGGAGAGAGAGAGAGGGAGAGAGAGAAGAGAAGGAGCGAGCGUGGAUUCAUUCGUGUGUGAGUUGUGGCUGUGUGUCAAAUGUGAUCGACAGGAUAGCUCCUCCUCCGUUCCUCCUUAAAGGUGUGUGUUUCUUAGGGGCUCCUGGUCACCACGUGAACGGGGGUCGGAGGUCAGGCGAGCCCAGCGGCUUCAUGUGCACAGAACACCUUCUUGAGGGCAAGGACUCGGAGGCCAUCUACCAGUGGCUGUGUGAGUUCCAGCUGCAGCAGUACACCUCCAACCUCCUCCAGGCUGGCUACGACAUCCCCACCAUCAGCAGGAUGACACCAGAGGACUUGACAGCCAUUGGGGUGACCAAGCCAGGCCACAGGAAGAAGAUCUCGACGGAGAUAGGCAAGCUGAACAUCCCAGAGUGGCUCCCCGACUAUGUCCCCUCUGACCUGGGGGCCUGGCUGGCCUGUAUAGGCCUCCCCCAGUACCAGAAGACUCUGAGUGACAACGGCUAUGACUCCAUCCCCAUCGUCAAGGACAUCACCUGGGAGGAUCUGCAGGAGAUCGGCAUCAGCAAGCUGGGUCACCAGAAGAAGCUGAUGCUGGCGGUGAAGAAGCUGAGCGACCUGCAGCGCUCCCGUAACCAUGCCGACAGGACCAGCGGCACGCUCCGCCGGAAGCCACCGGAAGCCCUGGAGCUGGUGGCCAUCGAGCACACACACCCCGGCACGCACACGUACACACACCCACACUCUGACUCCUCCCACGCCCAAUGCCCCUCGCCCCGCACCCCCAGGACGCUGCGGUCGUUCCAGGACAGCGAGUUGAGCGCCGAGCUGCAGAGCGCCAUGGUCGGCAGGCCGGGGGGCGGGGUGGGGGAGGGGUUCGGGAUCAGGGGCGGAGUCUCGGGGGCGGUAACGUCGGCCAUGUCGCUCAGCCAGGAGAGCAUCGGGACACGCUCGCGGGGUUCCGGGAAUUCGGGGAAGUCUGGGAACUCUGGGAAGUCUGGGAAUUCUGGGAAUUCUGGGAAUUCUGGGAGUUUUCCAGUGUGUUCUCCAGAUCACCAUGCUCCUCUGGCAUCGGCUGGGAGGUACAGCUACUCAGAUGAGAGCCUGGGACAUGGAGGAGGAGAGGUGGAGGAGGAGGGUGGGAGAGGGCAGGGUGGAGACAGACAGAGACCUUCGGAGUUGUGGAACUCCCACAAACCCCUCUCCACCCCCACCAAACUACUCUUCAUCCCCCUCACCCCCCCUCUAACCCCCAGCAAGAUGCCCCGCUUCGCUUACCCUGCGGUGCCCGCCAAACCCCGGCCCUGCCAGGCCCCUGGGCGCCUCUACCAGCCCCACCCCCUGCCCCUCUCCUCCCCCCCCUCUCCCUCUCCGCAGGCCUCCCCCUCCCAGAGGGGCUUCAGCUACCUGCACACCCAGGCAGGGCCCUCCGAUCUGGGCCUGCGCGGCCUACCCAAGCCCCCAGGCGCAGCCGAGGCCUUCCCGGGCCCCAGGGCAGCUGGCUGGAAGCGCUCGCAGAGCCUGACGCGCCACGCCGUGUCGGACGGGGAGAACGAGGACGACGAGGGGGCGGCCGACUCCGCCGCCGCGGCAACCUUGCCGUCGUACGCUACGCUGGGUCGUCGUCCGGGGCGCGGCUUCCACCCCGGCGCCCAGCGAAACAUCAGCCGAAGCCACUCCUUCGCCGUGCGUUGCCGACGCAAGGGACCGCCCCCGCCGCCGCCCAAGAGGAUGAGCUCCGUGAGCGGCGGCUCGGCCGGCCAAUCGGGAGGCGAGGUGGGGGUGGGGCCGGCGGUGGAGAGUGAGAGCGUGGGGAGCGUGAGGACCAUCGCUGCCAGACUGGAGGGGAGCGGAGGGAGUCCCACCAAGAGGCAGGACCCUCCCCCUCUCUCCCCCCCUGCCUCCCCCAGACAUCUGCCCGUCCUGGGGCUGGCCGGCUUGAGGAGGAGCGAGAGAACGGAGGGAGGGAAAGAGGGAGGAAGGAGAGAAAGAGGUACAGAGAGACCAACAGAGGACAAGGAGAAAGGGAGGACAAGCAAUUUAGUAGCAGAAAGCUCUUCGGGGACGUCCACCAACACUAGCUCCAGUGAGAACCUACCUUUCGCCGAAGACGGGAACCUGACCAUCAAGCAGAGGCCCAGGGUGGAGGCAGGCUGUCGGGGAGAGGCUGAAAUCCAGCCUCAGGCUUCACCAGAAGACCCAAAGACCGGCCAGGCCUCCAAGGCUCUGGAGUUCAACCUGAAGGAGUCCGACACGGUCAAACGACGGCACAAGCUCAGAGACACGCACAUGCAAGACGAGACGGGCGGAGACGACACACACUCACACACACACUCACACACACAUGACCGGACCAACGGCUUCCACACACACGCCAGGGGAGACGGGGGGAGCGAGGGGGACGUCGUCAGGGUUGCGAGGCCCAGCCAGGACCUCCAGAGGCUGGUCUCCCUGGGGAGAGGCCCGAGGCCGGCGCUGGCCUCUGGACCUCCACCCAACCCGCUCAACAACAAUGUCUCCAUGACGACAACAACAACUACAGCUAACUCAGCCUAUUCUAUAUCAACACCACAAACAGCUAUUCGUAAAGCAGACAGUCAACUGACUCACACACUCAUGUCCAAACCUGGCAACACACAGCCACACACACUCAUUUCCAAACCUGGCAACACACAAACACUCACGUCCAAACCUGGCAACACACAGCCACACAGACUCAUGUCCAAACCUGGCAACACACAGAUGAACACACAUAGGCGUGUACCAGACUCUGCAGAGAAGACUGCCUCUGCUGUUCCCAGAUCAGCUGCUCCUCACAAGCCACUCAGCACGUCUCCUGCCCCAGCCCGGUGCUCAGGUCUGUCUGUAAACAUGGUCCAGAGUGUUGCUUUCAGCUCCCCAGCCUGCUACCCCCAGACGGAGCCUUUGGGCUGGGCCGGGGGAGCAGGAAAGGCCCAGGCUGCAGGGGCCUGCUCGGAAGUCCUGGCCCAGCAGAGGAUAGAUGAGACCAGCACCUCUCUGGAGGCAGCGCUGAAGGUGGUGGAGAAGAAGCUGGCCCAGGAUGACUGCAGGACCGUGGAGGCAGCAGGGAACAUUCUCGACGACAUCGGAAACAUGUUUGAUGACCUGGCUGACCAGCUGGACGCCAUGCUGGACUGAAGCCUUCCUGCCCCUCCUCCUCCUGCUGCCCCUCCUCCUCCUCUCAGAGAAGACCUGGUUCUAGCGGCUUCUUCAGAACGCAAUAUGAAAGAGAUGUGUGUGUUUAUGUGUGUGCAUGUGUGUGCAUGUGUGUGCAUGCGAGCGUCUGUUCCUCUCUGUUCAUGCUCCAACAACAGCAGUCGCAGGUGUGUCCCUGGGCUAAAUGCAUCAGUUGAAAUUCAGAGGAAAUUAUAAGAAAAGGAGGUGUGUAGAAAGAUCCACCACACACGCGCGCAGGCACACACACAUUCACUCACCCCAUCACACACACGCACAUACACACACAUGUUCUUUCUCACACGCACUCAUUCACUCACACAUAGGGACUUUCCCCAUGAGCUUGGAUCAAAGCCUGCACUACAGAUAUGGCAUCAUAACAAAAGACUCCCAGCUAUACAAGGCCCUGAGAUUUCAUCUGUCAGGAUUUGUGUGUUUGUGCGUGACACAAGUGGCAUUCCUCUCAUCUUAUGUUUGGGGAUGAAUUGUUCCACCACCAAAGUGAAAAAGGGUCCAUAAUUUUUUACAAAACUAAUUGUAUAACAGUAAAUAUAAUAUUGUAAUAGUUUAGCUAAAGUAUAUUAUUGUCCUCAUGUGUUGUGUCAAUGGUGUCCAAGCUGAGAUAGCCUCUAUGUGACAGAGAUAGUCUUUCAUCUCUAAAUGACUGAGUCAUGUUUCUACUUAGCUCAUUUGUACCUGAAGGAGAACUUACACUAAUGUCCAAAUUAGUGUCAUGAAAAUAGACAGAAAUUGUAAAUAUAUUAACAUUUGAUAUUCUAUAUUUUAUCUGUUUGGAAGUAUUUUGUUCGAUGUUACCGUUAUAGUUAUCACAAUUCUGUUGUGAUAUUAUAAGUACUCUUUAAUUGUUAUAUUACUGAGUAAGAUGUUAUAUAUGUUGCAAUAUACUCCUGAAUUUAAAGGAACAAAGGAAAAUGCGUUCAUCCAGAGCUUCUAGCAGUUCUAGAACCUUCAGACCUCCAUGCUCUCAGAACAUGUUGGAUUGUGAUUCUAGU